ACCCUGGGUCCUGUUGACCUGCUGCAGUUCAUUCCCUAACAACAGAACGUCGCUCCCAAGAGUCCCCUCGUCCCCCAGUGAACUUAAGUUGCUAUGAGGUUCUUCCUUAUUGACUCUAUGGAGUGCCAGUAGCUGAGCCCAUUCACCGGUGACCUGCGUGACCCAAGUUGUUCCUGGUGCUCAGUGGACAUUUCCUCCUGGAUGUGGCUGACCUCUGCGUUAUGACCUGGCUGCUGGGCUACGUGGACCCCUCAGAUUCCAGCUUUCUGGUGGCCGUCCUCACCAUUGCUUUCAAUCCGCUCUACUGGAACGUGGUUGCAAGAUGGGAACACAGAACCCGCAAGCUGAGCAGGGCCUUCGGCUCCCCACACCUGGCCUGCUACGCCCUGGGCGGCUCCAUCGUGCUCCUGAACCUCCUCCGCUCAUACUGCUUCAUGCAGGCCAUGCUGCGCCAGCCCAGAGCAGAGGGCCUGGAUCAUCCCACGGCCUACGGCCUGGGCCUCGCACUCCUGGGAGUGGGCAUCGUGUUUGCGCUGUCCAGCUGCUUCGCUCUGGGGUUCACUGGAACCUUCCUAGGUGAUUACUUCGGGAUCCUCAAGGAGGCAAGAGUGACCACGUUCCCCUUCAACAUCCUGGACAACCCCAUGUACUGGGGAAGCACAGCCAACUACCUGGGCUGUGCCAUCGUGCACGCCAGCCCCACGGGCCUGCUGCUGACUGUGGUAGUGGCCCUCACCUAUGUGGUUGCAGUCCUGUACGAGGAGCCCUUCACCACCGAGAUCUACCGGCAGAAAGCCUGCAGGCAGCGCAGGAGAAGCUGACCAGGGGCCAGGCCCUGCCUGGGGGAGAACAACAUCCGGCUGCUGCUCGGGGUUCACGCCCGGCACGGGCUGCUCCAGUGCCUUGAAAUCUGCCUUGGGGGCCCUGGACAUGCCGCCCUGUGGCCACCGAGCCCCACCCCUGCCCUGCUGCCCCACUAUGUCCCCAUUCCCCAAUAAAGGCAC